CACUAACACCGGCCCCGCCUCCCUUCACCGCUCCGCUAGACGACGUUGUCUCGCCGCCAGUCACCUCAGCCAAGCAGGCACAAACCCCCAGAUUAGUGCGGCGCUAUUGCGGUCUUUGCUGGAAAAAGUCUGCCCGACGAGAAGACGAGACAUGAGACUCCGCUUUUCCCAUCAAGACUAAGUUUGCUCGGUAUAUUUGAAGCAUCUUCGAGCGGCUUUUCAAAGUGUUUCUCUCCCGGCUCAGAGUUCGUCGCUGAGGGCAGACACGAUGGGCUGCUGCAGCGGCCGGUGCACGCUCAUCUUUAUUUGCACCUUACAACUGGUGUUGGCACUUGAACGACAGGUCUUUGACUUCCUGGGUUACCAAUGGGCGCCGAUCCUAGCCAAUUUUGUCCACAUCAUCAUUGUCAUCCUCGGCCUCUUCGGCACCAUACAGUACCGACCACGCUACGUUGUGGUGUAUGCAGUUUGGGCGGCUCUCUGGGUGGCUUGGAAUGUCUUCCUCAUCUGCUUUUACCUGGACGUAGGCGGCCUGUCUAAGGACAGUGAACUUCUGACAUUUAACAUCUCAGCCCAUCACUCGUGGUGGAGCGAACACGGGCCAGGCUGUGUGAGGAGAGAAAUGCCACAAGCUGAAGGGGUCCACACCACUGAAAGCAGCUCGUACAUCACUGUCAUGGGCUGCCUCAUGGACUACCAGUACAUCGAGGUCAUGCACAGUGGAACACAGAUCCUGACUGCUCUCCUGGGCUUUGUGUACGCCUGUUAUGUUGUCAGCGCCAUGACAGACGAGGAGGACAGUUUUGAUUUUAUUGGUGGAUUUGAGCCAUUCCCACUCUACCAUGUCAAUGAGAAACCAUCUCAUCUCCUCCUAAAGCCCGUGUCCCUGUCUACGUAAAUAGAGGAUCAAUCAUCCUGGAGGGAAGUGAUGCCGACAUUGCUUGCCACAGUUUGACCAACUGUUUGUCCCGCAAUUUGGGGACAUCGUGCCAGUCUUUUCCUCCCGCUCUCACUUUACUGUUUUUCAGUACUUCAAACACCGCACUCACUGGUGGGCUACAUGGAAAAUCCACCUUGGUUUGAUUGUCUUCCUCUUUCUUAGUGUCACAUGUCUGUUUUGGGGCAACUUUUGGUCAAUAUUUUUGUAUUGUGUUCUGUGCCGAGGUGCCGUGGCCUUCCCAUCAGCACAAUUGUUAACAGCAUUGGAAUUACUUCUGAGUUAACAGCAUCGGAAUUACUUCUGAGUUUAUCGCCGCCCAGCAUUCCCAGUGUGUGGCACUGAGCUGAAGUCAUUUUACAUGCCAUUUCUGGUGAAUGGCGCUGAAUGACAGUGGAAUGAACAAACCAUUGUGCCCCGACUGUUUCUGUCGGGCAAAGGUCUUUUGUACAUAUGUACACAGGCAGACCGCAAAAGGAAGCCAAUCUUCAGGUCGAGCCUCAAAAAUAGACAGUGUACAUCAUUGAAUGAUGGCAGGAACAUGAAUUUAGUUGUUUGCGAAAUAUCACGAAUGCAAAAAUCAUCGCAUGCAAGUUUUAAAAGUUUUAUUUCUCUCGUCUUAUAUUUGUGAUUAUUUUCACCAACAGCCAAGUUGCUUUCAAUGAACUGUCAUGGUGUUGGUGUUUGAAAAAGCGCUGGUAGCUAAUCAUGGGAUUGUAAUGCAAACUCAAACUAUUGUUAACUUAAACUUCAACAAACAUUAGCAAUUGAAGUACCGUCACCCAAACCACAAUCACACAUUUAGAAUGAAAGGAACAAGCUGUGAUUUAACUCCAGACUGUCAGCUUUCAUUUGAGGGUACGUAUUUACAUCCAAAUCAUGGGAACGGUGUCGGAACUACAGCAGUUUGUAUAUAUGCCUCCAACUUUUCAAGGAACCAAAAGUAAUGGGACACUUUGGCUGUUGUAAAUUGUUGUUGAAUGUAAAUACCCUCAAAUUCAAGCUAACAGUCUGCAGUUUCAUUUCAAAUCCGUUGUGGUGACAGUUUAGAGACCAAAAAAUGGCAAUUGAGUCCAUGUCCCAAUAUUUAUGAACUUGACUGUAUGUGUGUAUCAAAAUAACAAUGGAACACCACCACUAGGCUGCAUAUUUUUCGGUUUACCUUGUUGUAACGUUUCUACAAAGGUAUUUCAUUCUUGAAAAGCACUUAUCUUUGCCUGUGGCCAAUGUGCUACAAGUCACUCAGUGGGAGACAAAUCCCCUGUUGCCUUACUGCCCUCUGGCGGUUACUGCGUCCAUGUGCAAGAGCAGAAUGUUUUUAAGUACAGUACUUUUUGGGGGGGGGGGGUGGCGUUUUAAAUUCAGAUGAAAUGGCAAGAGGAAAUGUUUUAUUCUGCGGGUUAUUUUAGGGCCACUUGUUUUUAUCUUUCGAGCUUGAAAUGUUUCGGCGCUUUCCAAAUUGAACGUGUGAAGCUUAAGGAUCAAAAGAGUUGCAAACAAAGACGUUUCCUCGUUUUUGUUCUAUUCACAGACCAUGUUGUUUAUUCUUGGCAGCUGAAAAUAGCUCUACUGCUUGUCAGAUUUCUCUAAUAUUCUCAGUGCCUGGUGGUCCCAAAAUAUCCCAGUCCAAUGUGCCCUUUUUGACCAUACAAUGAACUGCAUUGAGCGUGAUUGGUCAAACUUCCUUUGGCCAAAUGCCAAUGUCUUUAUUUACGUGAUUUUAAUCUAGUCCCGUAUUUCCCAACCUCUAUUGAGCAAUGUCUCAUAAGCAGUGAAUACUGAAAUAAGGAUGGUCUUGUAUUCAUUUACUCACAAAUUGAGUCGGUGUGAAAUGUGGUCCUGUUGAAUUAAACACAAAGCUGAAAUACUCGCAGGAAGCCACGACUUAUUCUGACGUAGCAAAGGCAACAGAUGGAUACACAAAUUUACUGUACCUUAUGCCAGUUAAUGAAAAGUAUUUUAUUGUUUUACCAGCCGUUGUAUGUUGCUGAGAAUGAUAUAUUUGCAAUUGAGAAAUCCAGACAAUUGAAGCCAAAUUGGACAAUUCGCCAUGACAAGCUGGUUGCAAAUCACUGCUCUCAUUUAGUGUGUAUGUGUGUGUGUGUGCGCGUGCGCCCACAUCUCGUUGUCAGUCAGUAUUGGAAAGAAACGUUACUAAAUCUCUCAUCUUCCUCUUUGUGUAAUAUAACUUCGUAAAACUGUUCUAUGUACGGAAAAGAUUAAUCAUCCUUGUUAAUAUUUAUGUAGAAAUUGUUUUCUAUUUUCUCUUCCGGUUUGUGCCCAAUCCUAAUGUGAUUUGACUGUGUGUCCCUGUUCCAUGUUUAUUCCUUGUGUUCAUGUAAACAAGUGUUUAAUAAUAAAAGAAAAGACUGA